CAACUGCCUGGCGACGUUGGCUCAGUGUCCAGUGGUUGUCGUACCGCUGGGUUCCGUCGCCGACGGCACGCCGCUGGCGGUGGCGCUGAUGGGCUGCCCUCGCUUCGACGCGCGACUGCUGGCCGUCGCCGCCAAGAUGGGCCCUAUCAUGCAGGAGGCCUUUGAGGGCGUGAAACAAGGCCUUGCGGAUGUUGUACGGAAGCAGGAGCAGCAGCAACAGCCGCUGCAGCAGGAGCAGGCCGGCGGAAAGGGGGAGCAGCAGCAGCAGCCUUCGGCGGCGGCGGUGCCGAAGGCGGCAGCCGCGGGAGUGUCGGCGACGGCUGCGCCGCCGCCGGCGCCGGCGGUUGAUCCCCGUCGGUUAGAGCGCGCCGAGCGGUUUAAGGCUCGCGGCAAUGAGCUGUUUAAAGCGGGCAAGUACGCGGAUGCAGCUGUAGAGUACGGCAAGGCGAUCAACGAACACCCGGAGAAUCCGGUGUACUACAACAACAGGGCCAUGGCCUUCCUGAAGCUCUUCCGCUUCGAGCAGGCGGAGGAGGAGUGCAACAAGGCGCUGCGCUUCGACCUGAAGGAGGCGGACAAGGCCAAGGCUCUGCUACGUCGCGCCACGGCUCGCAGUGCGCUGCAGAAACACAACGAGGCGGAGCGAGACCUGCGGCAGGUGCUGGCCGUGGAGCCCAACAACCGGCAAGCACGGGAGGACCUGCAG